CCAUAUGUUUUGGUAUCGGGAGGCGAGUCGAGUCGAUUUGGAAUAUAAACACAAUCGAGCCGAACUGCCCGUGCAAAUGAAUUGAAAUUAGAAUUACGCGCUGUUAUUAUUUCGUUUAAUUUGUUAGCAACAAGGAAGCGCUUUAUUUGUUUGAUUGCAACAUGAUUUCCGAAGUGGACUCCAAUAAGGAUAGCACAGUACGUGUUGCUGUCAGAAUUCGACCUCAGAACUCGAGGGAGCUUAUAGAUAUGUGUCGUAUCUGCACGACAGUAACUUUGGGAGAGCCUCAGAUUUUUCUUGGAUCGGACAAAGCCUUCACUUUCGACUAUGUGUUUGAUACCAAUUCAAAUCAGUGUGAUAUAUACUCGGACUGCGUGGAAAGAUUAGUGGACAGUACGCUGCACGGCUACAAUGCCACUGUACUGGCCUACGGCCAAACAGGAUCGGGAAAGACGUAUACAAUGGGCACUGGUUUCGACCACGAGUCGGAGUCAUCAGAGUCCGUCCAGCUUGGCAUUAUUCCGCGGGCGGUUCGUCAUAUAUUCAGUGGAAUCGAACAACUGGAGGGGUCCUGCUCUUCAGAACUUUCAGCGGCUGGUGGGAGUCCGCAGUUCAGUCUGGCUGUUCAAUACAUCGAAUUGUACAACGAGGACAUCUUUGAUCUGCUGGACCCAUUCAAUAAAAACAGCAACUUUAAGAUCCACGAAGAUGCCAGUGGACAAAUAACAAUAUCUGGGGCGUCGAUAAAGCCCAUUUAUCAACCGCAAGAUGCCUUAAAGUACCUUCAGCAAGGAGCUUUAGCUCGGACCACAGCAUCAACAAAAAUGAACGAUCAGUCUUCCCGCUCGCACGCUCUGUUCACGAUUUUUGUGCGCAGACAGAGACUACUUACCCCCAGUGACAAUGCUCCAGAUAACGACCUGGAAACCAUGACCUCCAAGUUUCAUUUCGUUGAUUUGGCGGGUUCGGAAAGGCUAAAAAGAACUCAGGCCACUGGCGAACGGGCUCGUGAGGGCAUAUCCAUAAACUGCGGAUUACUUGCUCUGGGUAAUUGUAUUUCGGCUCUCGGUGACAAGUCUAAAAGGGCUCUGCACGUGCCCUAUCGGGACUCCAAGCUGACGCGACUUCUUCAGGACUCGCUUGGCGGUAAUAGCCAGACCUUGAUGAUCGCUUGUGUGUCGCCAAGUGAUCGAGACUUCAUGGAGACACUCAAUACGCUAAAGUACGCCAACCGAGCAAGAAAUAUUAAAAACAAAGUUAGGAUUAACCAAGACCAGAGUUCCAGAACCAUUUCUCAGCUGCGUAGGGAAAUCGCAGCUUUGCAGUUGGAGUUAUUGGAGUAUAAACAGGGUAAACUUGUAGUUGACUGCGAGGGUAAUACCACCAUUUCGGACACGUUCAAUGAGAAUAAAUUGCUUUUAUCGGAAAUUAAAAGGCUUCAGCAAAGGCUGAAAUCGUUGCAAAGCACGGUUGCCACUCUGACCCAAAGGAAUGCAGAUCUGAAAACAAAUUUGGAUUUAAAUAAGUGGACUAGUAACGACAAUUCCGAUGUUGAAAUGGCAAAAGUGGUGGGCCAAUACAUGCUGGAAAUCGAACAACUCCAGACCAAACUCAUUGAGUCCGAGGAGCAUCGUAAGCAAAUGGAAAUUAAAGCCACUACUUCACCGAGAAACGCAAAACCCGUUUAUGAUGGCGAUAUUAUAACCAAGGCUAAAAGGGAUUUGGAGAGAGAAAGGGAACUUCUGAUGUCGCGUUCGUUGCCAGGAAUUCAAAAUCAGAAUGUCAGCUCUGAGGAAGCGGAAGUGGCCAGUAGCGAUUCAGAAGCUGAGGAAGUAGUAAAGGAUCUGGAGGCCAUUGAUAAUGACAUUGAAAUGAGAACCAAACUGAUCGAACAAUUGGAGUUGACCAACGAAAGAUGCGAGCUAAUGCGAAUGCAGUACGAGGAGAAACUAUCUGUGUUAUAUUGUAAAAUCGAGAACACGCAAAAAGAACGAGACGAUGUCUUGGCAAAUAUGACCACAUCUGUGUCCACGCCAUCGAAGGAUAGUUUCAAAAAAGUAAAGUCAGAUUAUGAAAACAAGAUAAGCCAUAUGCAAAUUGAGAUCAGGAAAUUGCAAAACGCGCAGAGGGAACAUAUUCGAAGCCAGCAACAACUUAAGUCCCAUGAAGUUAAGAUUGGCACGCUGCGCAAUGAGCUGAAUGAGUUGAAGUUCACAAAAGUUAAAUUAAUGAAGAAGAUGACACAACAAUCUAGCCGGCAUAAGCAGGAGGAAAGUCGCAAAUCAAAGGAAAUUGCCCAGUUGCUGAAGGAGCAGCGCCGUCAGAAGAAUGCUGUUCUAUCUCUAGAGGCGAAAGUGAGUGCUAAGGAGCAAAUUCUGAAGCGAAAAACCGAGGAAGUGAUCGCCCUUCGCAAGAGCCAAAGGGGAAAGUCCGGCCAGAGGGCACCAGCUCACUUAACAUCGAAAAUUGCCACCCUUGAUGGUUUCGCCUCACGAACCGCACGACAUCGAUGGGAUAAUCUAUACCGCAACAUAUUACAUGCGGCCAGAAACAGGCAGUUGAUCACGCAACUGGAGAAAGAGCUGGAACGCUUGAUAUUGGAGCGAGAUAAUCUCUCGCGGGAGCUGAACGUAAUGGAAAACGGACAAACUGCUGAUAGGCAAACUGAUGAUUUCAACGAAGUUGACAAUCUGAGAACAAACAUAAGUUACAUUCAGGAGAAUAUAGAGCAUGUGCAGCAGGCUAUAAUGGAAUUCGAGGACACAAAGGACACUGUGCAAAGCCAUGUGAAUAAGAUACAAAGUCUGUUGGACGAAGUGUCAACCGUGGCGGAAGCGAAGUUCAUUUUACAAAAGUUUUCCGACACCUCCAUUGUAAUGUCGUGCAAUUUGGCUAUUGCGGAAUCUCAUUUGCAGGAGAAGGAAUCGCUGCUGAAGGAAGUUAAACAAGAGACCGGUAUUCAACAGCAAAUCCUGCAGCAUUUCCUAUCGCAAAACAGUAAUGUCCAUAUAGCCGACAUAUUCGAUUCCUUAAAUCUCAAGGGCAGUAACCUCACAAGUAGUGUAAAUCCAGGUUCUCAAAAGUCUUUGGUCAGUAAUGCCACAUACGACAUCCCGCAGGACGAUAAGAAUUCGGAGUUUUCCCAAGUGGAAAUGCGUAGGACGACGAGUAGAAGUCCUUCGCCGCUUGGAAAUUCAGAUCCGUUCGAUAAGAGCCCCAAAGUGCGUAGACGUACCGCCAAGCGGCAAGAUCUCCUUUUUGGGGACACGGAACUUCCAGAACAGACUUUUAAUAAAAUGACGUGAUUGUGCAAUCGAAGAUGAGGUCAUGUGACACAAGCGGCGGUCGGAAUUGAAUAAUAUUGAUUGGUAACCGCUUGCGAACAAAUAAUCAAAAGACAGUGUCAAUAAGUUACUACGUUAUUAUUGUAACUAUAUUUAUUCAAAACUAACAUACUAGUGCUUCUGUUUGUUUUUUUUUGUAUUCCAAGGUCAUUUGCAAUUGGUGUCUUAGUCGUUCAAAAUAAACAAAUUUUAGAGAAUAUUAUUAUAAUAUAUUAAUAAACUAUUAUAAGAUACUUAGGACAA